AUGGCCGAUCUACUCGACAACCUGGACAAGCUGCCCAAGAUCCGUCAAUUCGAUGCUUUUCCCAAAACCCAAUCGAUCUACACCCAACGAUCUUCCAAAGGCGGUCUCUUAACCAUCAUCUCCACCGUCACCCUGCUCUUCUUGCUAUGGACUGAGCUAUCAUCCUACCUUUAUGGCGAACGAGCGUAUUCCUUCGCUGUGGAUAGCCAACUCUCCUCGACGAUGCAAAUCAAUAUGGACAUGACGGUUGCUAUGAAGUGUCACUAUCUCACUAUCGAUGUACGGGACGCAGUUGGUGAUAGACUACACGUUUCCGAUUCCGAGUUCACCAAGGAUGGAACUACGUUCGAUAUUGGCCAUGCUGACAGGUUGGAUGCUAUGCCUCGAGAAGAGCUUUCAGUGCAAAAAACCAUCAACCAAGCGCGCAAGAAGCCCUUGUAUCGCAAGAAACCAAAGAACAAAAAGUUCAGCAGACAAGUUGCAUUCCACAAAACCGCUCACAUCGUACCCGACGGCCCCGCAUGUCGAAUCUAUGGCAGUAUGGAAGUCAAACGAGUCACCGGCAACUUACACAUCACAACCCUCGGCCAUGGCUAUCUCUCCUUGGAACACACUGAUCACAAACUCAUGAACCUUAGCCAUGUGAUCCACGAAUUCAGCUUCGGUCCUUACUUCCCCGAAAUCUCGCAACCUCUCGACUCGUCAGUAGAAACAACGGAUAAACACUUCACCGUGUUCCAAUACUUCAUCUCCGCUGUCCCCACCCUCUUCGUCGAUGCGAGAGGCCGCAAACUCCAUACACAUCAGUAUUCGGUGACCGACUACACAAGGCAGAUCGAACACGGCAAAGGCGUACCCGGAAUCUUCAUUAAAUACGACAUUGAGCCGAUUCAGAUGACGAUUCGAGAAAGGUCGAGUACAUUUGUUCAGUUCUUGGUCAGGUUGGCCGGGGUGCUGGGUGGUGUCUGGGUUUGUGUCGGGUAUGCGUUUAGAAUGACCAAUAGGUUGGCCGGCUUGGCGACGGGGGAAAGGGAGAGGCAGAGUCCCGAGAGUUAUGCAGCGGGUUAUGGAUAUUCGAGACCAGGGACCGCGGAGAAAUCCAAUAGUUGGGUCGGGACGAAUGACGCAGUGGACAAGUUGAAGGAUAAAUGGGCUGGAUUUGGAGGGGGGGUGGGAAGGAGUGGUGGCCAUAGGAAAGUGGAUAGUGUUCAACAGAGAAUUCUUUCGGAGGAAGGCAGAGCGUUUUAA